AUGGCACUGAAGGUGCAAGGAACCAUUUUCCCAGCUCCCAAUUUCAAUCCCAUAAUGGAUGCCCAAAUGCUAGGGGGAGCACUCCAAGGAUUUGGCUGUGACAAAGACAUGCUGAUCAACAUUCUAACUCAACGCUGUAAUGCACAAAGGCUGAUGAUUGCGGAGGCAUACCAGAGUGUGUAUGGCCGGGACCUAAUUGGUGACCUGAAGGAGAAGCUUUCAGAUCACUUCAAAGAUGUCAUGGUUGGCCUCAUGUACCCACCGCCAUCUUACGAUGCUCACGAACUCUGGCAUGCCAUGAAGGGAGCAGGCACUGAAGAAAAUUGCCUCAUUGAUAUUUUAGCUUCAAGAACAGAUGGAGAAAUUUUCCAGAUGCGAGAAGCCUACUGUUUGCAAUAUAGCAGCAACCUUCAAGAAGACAUUUACUCAGAGACCUCAGGACACUUCAGAGAUACGCUCAUGAACCUGGUCCAGGGAACCAGAGAGGAAGGAUAUACAGACCCUGCUCUGGCUGCUCAGGAUGCAAUGGUCCUGUGGGAAGCCUGUCAGCAGAAGACAGGGGAACACAAAACCAUGCUGCAAAUGAUCCUGUGCAACAAAAGUUAUCAACAACUGUGGCUGGUUUUCCAGGAAUUUCAGAAUAUUUCUGGGCAAGACAUGGUAGAUGCCAUUAAUGAAUGCUAUGAUGGAUACUUCCAAGAGUUGCUAGUUGCAAUUGUUCUCUGUGUUCGAGACAAACCAGCCUAUUUUGCUUAUAGACUGUAUAGUGCAAUCCAUGACUUCGGUUUCCAUAAUAAAACCGUAAUCAGGAUUCUAAUCGCCAGAAGUGAAAUAGAUCUGAUGACCAUCAGGAAACGAUACAAAGAAAGAUACGGAAAAUCCCUGUUUCAUGACAUCAAAAAUUUUGCUUCAGGGCAUUAUGAGAAAGCUCUGCUUGCCAUCUGUGCUGGGGAUGCUGAAGACUACUAA